AUGCCUCCUGUUAAGCAUUAUUCGUCUAGUGAAGUGAAUCAGUAUGAAUUAUCAUCAAGACUUUUAUCCCUUACUGAAAAUAAUACAUCUUAUACUCUUACACAAAUAAAUGGCCAAAGGAUCUACAGGAAAGCUCCUAAUGCGUGGAGUGGUCCCGAACCUUCGAGGAAUUGUGAGGUGUUCAUAGGAAGAAUUCCUCAUGACUGUUUCGAAGAUACUCUUGUGCCGCUGUUCCGUCAAGCUGGCGAGCUGUUUGAGUUCCGACUAAUGAUCAACUUCUCUGGCUGGAAUAGAGGGUAUGCCUUCGCGAUGUACACUACUGAUGCCGAAGCGAGCAAUGCUAUUCGCAUGUUCAACAACUACAUGAUAAGACCGUCCUGGCAAUUGGGCGUUUGUCCAUCCAUCAACAACUGCCGCAUAUUCAUAUCACGCAUACCGCCGACCACUCCGUCUGCGGAAAUCGUCCGUUUGCUGUACGCAUUGACGGACGAAGUGCAAGAGGUGCGCAUUCGUCGGUCGAUUGCCUCGUGCGCGGCUAUCGUGGAGUACAAGUCUCAUCGCGGUGCUGCUAUGGCCAGGAAGGCUCUUGUAGCAGCCGCCGCUGCUGCUUGGGGCUGCGGGGCUCGGCCUGCUGUAGACUGGUCGUUGCCGCAAUCCCCGCAACUGCUCAAACAAUAUCGAGAGGUAGGACGAUGGACCCCGGAGCGCGGCGUAGAGUUGACGCGCGCGCCUGAAGAGCCUGCUACGACCUCUCCGCCACCCGCUGCGCCUUCCUAUACCUUGGAGCCGUGGUCCCAAGCUCGUCGCCUGCGCAUGAUCCACGAGGCUCAACGCAGUGCCGCUGCCGCAGCCGAGUGGUCAAACCGCAUUAACAACGGCAUGGAGUCUCUGGUAUCAUCGAUGACAUCGCUCGGGUUCGGUGGAGGGCUGGGGCUGGCGGGGCGCGAGGCGGGCGUGUGGGCCCCGCCGGGAGCGGCGGCGGCCCCGCGCCUGCCGCCGCCGCAGCCGCGCGACUUCAACCCCUGGACCGCGCGCCACCCGCUGCAGGAGUUCAUCACUCCCGGCAAGGACUCGCAGUGA